AUGCACAACCCCAUACCCACAAACUUGCUUCAUCUCCUUAUUCCUAGAACUCAUUCUAUAAAGACAGACGAGUCAAGAAACCUUUCUCACAUAUUGGGACUUGAUGCAUCUAUGGCAAAAGUUCUGCCCCUCAGCAAAAAUAAUCGUUUUUGUCUCUCACCAUACAAAAUAAAAGCAAACAUUGCAAAAAGAGAGACAGAACAACAAAGAGAGAGAGAGGAUUUUCCAAAAAUCACAGCUACACUGACUUUUCUCGUUGAAUUCUCAUCUUUUUCAUGUCUCUCUACCUCAAUUUGUUCAUGCCUGCCUGUAUAUCUAUUCAUAACUCUCUGCCUGCCUCACUUUCAAUUCAUGCCUCUCUGUCUGCCUCACUCUCUUUCAUGCCUCUCUGUCUGUCACAUGCUCAGUUCAUGUCUCACUGUCUGCCUCACUCUCUUUUCAUGCUUCUCUGCCUGCCUCACUCUCAAUUCAUGCCUCUCUGCCUGCCUCACUCUCAAUUCAUGCCUCUCUGCCUGCCUCACUCUCAAUUCAUGCCUCUCUGCCUGCCUCACUCUCAAUUCAUGCCUCUCUGUCUGCCUCACUCUCUUUUCAUGCCUCUCUGCCUGCCUCACUCUCAAUUCAUGCCUCUCUGCCUGCCUCACCUCUUUUCAUGCCUCUGCCUGCCCCACCUCAAUUCAUGCCUCUGUCUGCCUCACUCCUCUUUCAUGCCUCUGUCCUGCCUCACUCUCUUUCAUGCCUCUCUGCCUGCCUCACUCUCAAUUCAUGCCUCUCUGUCUGCCUCACUCUCUUUUCAUGCCUCUCUGCCUGCCUCACUCUCAAUUCAUGCCUCUCUGUCUGCCUCACUCUCUUUUCAUGCCUCUCUGCCUGCCUCACUCUCUAUUCAUGCCUCUCUGUCUGCCUCACUCUCUUUUUAUGCCUCUCUGUCUGCCUAUCCCACUCUCUGUUAAUAUCUUAACCUCUCUUUCCCUAUCUCUGUUCAUAUACACAGUCUAUUCAUAUAUAUCAUACCCUAUAUUUCUCUCUCUCUCUCUCUCUCUCACUCUCUCUCUCUCUCUCUCUCUCUCUGUUGGAUGUCUAUAUUUAACCACAAGAUGCUUGAGUUCAUAUCUAUCUAUCUAUCUAUCUAUCUAUCUAUCUAUCUAUCUAUCUAUCUCAGCCUGUUCAUAUCUAUCUAUCUAUCUAUCCCAUUGUAAUUACUUACCUAUUUAUCUAUUCAUCUCUUAA